AUGUUCAAGCAUUCAAAUUUCGCCUCUUUCGUCCGUCAACUAAACAAGUACGACUUUCACAAAGUCAAGAACACGGACGAUAACCAGUUCGGCGAACACAGCUGGACUUUCCGCCAUCCUGACUUCCAUGCUGAUCGACGCGACGCCCUUGAGAACAUCAAGCGUAAGGUGCCCGCCGCUCGUAAAUCUACCGGACGCGGGGCCAACUCGCCCAGUCCGUCAGCGUCAGCUACCGUUGAGGCGCUACAGGCGCAGAUCGACCGCAUGUCCCGCGACCAGGAAGAGAUGGCGCAACACAUACGUUCGCUCGAGACCAACUACCAGAACGUUCUGUCAGAGAUGGUCAACUUCCAGCGGAACAUGGCUCAGCAGGACGGGCUAAUGCAGAAUUUGAUACAAUACUUCUUGCAGUUGGAGAAUGGCAAACUGAAAACAGAACAGAUCUCGAACCCCGCCCCAGGAACGUACGCGCCCGAUCCGAACCCCUUUCUCCCCGCGACAGAGGCCCAACGCAUGAUGGGCGCCUACCCAGACGGCGACAUCGCGCGGGCCUCGCUCGCCCAGAUGAACGAGAUCUCGCGCAGGGCCGAGGUCGCAGGGAUGACGUUCAGCACGGCUGCCGGCGGCGGUGCGACUAACGCCCAAGGGCCCGCUGCUGCCCCGCCGAGGCCCAGCUCGCGCGCGACCACGAUCAUGGCCGCGGCCGCAGGCUUGAUGUCUGGGGGGAUGGACGCCCCAGCCCGGCCGAUGAGUCGGCAGGACGCGCUCGCGCGGAUUGAGGAGCUCUCACGGAUGCGGCCCACGCCCGCCCUCGACCAGGCCCAGAACGCGGGCCAGGCCCAGGCCGGCCGGCCUGCGACGGAGCAGCAGCAGCAGCAGCAGCAGGCGCAGGCUUCGUCGUCGUCUGCGGCGGCGGCGACCCCUGCUGCUGGGUCUGCCCCUCCCAACCCCCUCGACGCGCCCUUCGAUGCUACGCCCUUCCUCAUGGAGGACGCUGCCCGCUACGGGCUAACCGUCGACCCGAACACGAUGAAUCACGAGGGCCUCCAGGUGUUCACCGUCGGCCACCUCCUUCCCCGCUCGUCGCUCGAGGACGCCAACGGGAACUGGUCCUUCGACGCCAGCGUCCUCAACCAGGUCGUCAUGCCCACGCCCGAAGGCAUGGGCGGCGACCCAGAGGAAGAGGGCGAAAGCUCAACGUCACCAAGCAGCGUGCAGCCUGCGCAGUUCAUCAGUAUCCCGACCCCAUCGGCCUCAGGGAGUGCGGCAUCGAUGGGCGUAGGCGCGUCCGCAGGCCCGAGCACGCGGCCAGGGAGUGCGCAGACGCUGCGCGUUCGCAGGUCGACGUACGUCCCUGGGUGGGCUGUGCCGCCGAGGGUGCUGCUCGUCGACGACGACGCGGUCAGCCGGAAGGUGUCGAGCAAGUUCCUCCAGAUAUUCGGGUGCACGAUCGACGUCGCCGUGGACGGCGUCGGCGCUGUGAACAAAAUGAACUUGGAGAAGUACGACCUUGUGCUCAUGGACAUCGUAAUGCCGAAGCUCGACGGCGUGUCCGCGACGUCGCUCAUCCGUCAGUUCGACCACAUGACGCCCAUCAUCUCCAUGACGAGCAACUCGAAGCCGGCCGAGAUCAUGAAGUACUACUCCUCGGGCAUGAACGAUCACCUGCCGAAGCCGUUCACAAAGGACGGCCUUUGGGACGUGCUCGAGAAGCACCUCACCCACCUCAAGGUCAUCCAGACCCUCUCCCGCGUCCCGCGCUCCGUCGGCGUGCCCCCGCUCUCGGACCCGUCCUUCGACAACGCGCUCACCGUGCAGGCGAACGCGGCCCAGCAGCAGGGCGCGCUCCCGCUCGGGUUCUCGCUCGGACUCGGGGACGAGGAGGAGGGCAAGAUCAACCCGCUCGCGGGCAUGGGCCUGACAGACGAGCAGUACACGCUCAUCCUCCAGAACCUCGUCAACGGCGAGUCGUUCUCGGGCGUGAGCUCGCUCGAGGGCGCGAACGGCGAGUCGAGCAAGCGUGCGCUCGACGACCCCCACGACGGCCGCGAGUCGAAGCGGAGCCGCUUCGAGAUCAUCGAGUGA